GAAAACUGCUGUCACAAUCUGGAGGAGAUUUCCCUGCAGCAAUCCGACAGUUUUCAAGAACCAAUUUUUAUACUAACAUAUCACCAAUUCCAUCUCUUCUUUGCCAUUUUCAAAGUUUUUUGUGCUUGCAAUAAGAUUGGGUUCUGAAAUUGGGCAACUCAAGAGGGAAAAAAGCUGUCUUUUUUGAAAAAAAUCUCUUAAUUUUGGAGCAGUUUUGGUUGGAUUUGAUUUAAAGAUCCUAGAGAGAAAUGGAACCCCCAAUGGGGUUGUGGGCUUCUUUGUGGAGUUUCAUACGUUUCUUGCCUUUCUUCAUUGGCCUUCUAAUUCUGGGAGUUCUCAAAGGUAUUAUGAUGUUCCCGGUGGUGUUUCUUGUUAUCACGUUCGGAAUCUCUGUGAUAAUACUCGGUCUUUUUGCCUAUUCACUGCUUUCAUACCUAUUAUUGUGUUUUGAGCACGAAGCAAUUUGGUCCCGGAUUGAAGCUCGUGCUCUGCAUUUGCAUUCCCAUCUUUGUAAUAGCAUGCCCCCCGUUGGAAUUGCCUGUGCCGUCUUUGGUGGUGCAGCGUACGGCCUGCUUGCACCGAUGUUUGCCACGUUCCAGGCAAUCGAGGAAGGGAAACGGACAAAUUCUAUCACUGUAUUUACGAUGGAAUUUGUAGCACUCUGAAAGGAAGCUUCACUAUUAUCCGAGACUUCUUAGACGUUUGUUUAUUUUCUUAUUUCUCGAUUAUGGAUGAGCUACGACAUCAAGGACCUGCAGAGGGGAAAUACUACGAGAUCAGAUUGAUUUACGUUCCCCAAGCUCUAAUAGCUGGGGUGCUCGGUGCAUUUGUCGAUUUUCCCGUGAUCUCAAUCAUAGCUCUGUGUAAGAGCCCUUACAUGCUUUUCUAGGGCUGGCAUCGCUUGUUUCACGAUUGCAUCGGACGUGAAUGGCCAUUCUUGGAGACUAUUUGCAUGCCAUUCGCUGGUCUGGCCAUUCUACUCUGGCCGUUGGCGGUUGUCGGGGCCGUGUUGGGCUCCAUGGUGUCGAGCAUCUUCUUGGGCGCUUACGCUGCUGUGAUCGUCUAUCAGGAGAGGUCUUUCUGGUAUGGAUUGUGUUAUAUUGUUGCUUCGGUUUCUAUUUACGACGAAUACAGCAACGAUAUCCUUGACAUGCCUGAAGGGUCCUGUUUUCCUAGACCACGUUAUAGAAAGAAAUCGAAGAUGCCUCCAUCGCACACUAACUCAUCCGCUUCUAUUUCACGGCCGAGUUCUUUCACAAAGGCGCCCUCAUGAACGAGCACUCUAAUGCCACCUAUGGUCGAGUUGAAGCCUCUCAAGGAGUUUCUUGAUUGCUAUAUUUCCCCUUUUGCUGAUAGCCACGAUGCUGAUCCAUUGGAGCGUCGCAUUGCUGAUGCAGUUUACGCGGCUGAGGAUGUUAUCGAAUCCCAUAUUGUUGAUCAAAUUCAGAGUGGAUCCACAAUUGUUGCAGAUCAUGAAUUCUAUCACAACCUACGGAAAGUGAUAGAAGAAAUGGAUCUGAUCAACAAAGAUGUGAAGAGCAUUGCAGUUGAAGCUCAGACCAAGCAGAAACCCGUUGCUGCCUUGUCGGCGUCUUCUCUCACUGUGAAAGAAAGCGUGAUUGUGGGCUCUGACGAAGUGUUUCUUGAAGUUUUGGAUAAGCUCGCUGGAAAUCAACUCAACCUCCAAAUCAUCCCCAUCACGGGGAUGGGUGGCAUUGGUAAGACCACUCUUGCCAUGAAUCUAUUUGAGAAUGCACUUGUUAAGGAGUGCUUUAAUAUACGUGCUUGGACUACAAUUUCUCAAACUUAUAAUGUUAGAGAAACACUUAGAGAAGUUCUUUUUCGAGCAAGUGGAGAUUCUAAUAGUGAUCUGAGCGAGAAUGAGUUGGGACAAAAAUUAUACCAACUUUUGUUCGGUAGGAAAUAUCUUGUAAUAAUGGAUGAUAUGUGGAGCAUAGAGGUGUGGGAGAAGAUAAAAUUUUUAUUUCCUGAUAACCAUAAUGGGAGUCGAAUAAUAGUAACAACUAGGCUGUCUGACUUGAGUUCUAAGUUGAACGAGACUUGUAUAAUUGACAUGAAAUUUCUAGAUGAGGCUAGUAGUUGGGAUUUAUUUUGUAAGACUGUGUUCGGGAAGGAAAGUUGUCCAAUUGAGUUGGAGAAGAUUGGAAAGCAUGUUGUAGCAAAUUGUAAAGGACUUCCUUUGUCGAUUGCUACAAUAGGAGGUCUAUUGGCAAAAUCUGAGCACACAAAAGAAUGUUGGGAGCAUAUAGAACAAAAUUUGAAUUCAAUUGUUAUUAAUACUAACGAUGAAUUUUGCUUGAAAAUAUUAAGGAUGAGUUAUAUCUAUCUGCCGAACUAUUUAAAGCCAUGCUUUUUGUAUAUGGGUGUUUUUGAGGAAGAUUACCGUAUUUGUGUGUCAAUGCUUAAGAAGUUAUGGGUUUCUGAAGGAUUUUUGAAAUCAAGGAGUGGAAAAUGUUUGGAAACACUUGCGCAAGAGUAUUUUAAGGAAUUGGUUGAUAGAAAUCUCGUUUUAGUUGAUGAAUUGGGGUCUACUGGAAACGUUAAGUAUUGUAAAAUUCAUGAUUUGUUGAGAGAUAUGUGUAUAAAAGAAGCUGAAAAGGAAAGAUUUUACCAUGUCAUAAGAGAUGAUCCUCCAGCCAGUAUUAGCGAACGUCGAGUCGUUCUUAAAACUGCAGGGUUGUCAGGAACUUUGUCACAUACUCGUUCCAUAAUAUGUGAGUACGACAAAACAUCAAGUGAGGAUGAGACAGCAAGUGAGGAUGAUAAAGUUCUUCUGACUCGCGAUCUUAGAUUGUUGAGGACAUUCAGGGCAUAUGUUUCUAGGGGGGAUGCUUUUAACAAUAAUGAUUAUUUCCUAGAAAAUGUGUUUGAAUUGGUGAACUCGCGGUACCUUGCAAUCCGUGUUCAUCGUGAGUCCAGAUUCUCUAGUUCAAUUGAUCUCCUUUGGAAUCUGCAGACAUUGAUUAUUUAUUCAUCUUCUUCGAACUGUCUUCAUGUACCAAAUGAAAUUUGGAAACUACAUCAACUUCGGCAUCUUGAAUUUCCAGGGUUAUCAUCGAUUCUCCCGAAUCCUCCUAGUGACGAUAGUGACAUUGUCAUUAUGGAGAAUCUGCAAACACUCAAAGGAGUUGAGGCUUUGUUAUUGAAUGGGGAGGUGGUUAAAAGAAUUCCCAAUGUGAAGAAAUUGGAUUUAAAAUACUAUUUGGAUAAAAAGGAGGGAGAAAACUGUCUAAGCUAUCUUCAAUGCUUCAGUAAAUUGGAAAGCUUACGCUGCAUAACCUGUUAUCAAAGUGGUGACUUUUGGAUGAGGAUUAAUUUCCCCAAUUCUAUCAAGAAGUUGGUUGUUCAAGACUUUUAUAGCACGGAGUUUGGCGCAAAGUUGGAAGACAUAUUGCCUAAAAUCGGUUCGUUGCCUCUUCUUGAGAAGCUCGUAUUAGAUAGUGGUGUCUUCAGAACCAGCAAGUGGGAAACAAUUGAAGGCCAGUUCCAGAACCUCAAGUUUCUAGAGUUGUCGGAUUGUGAAGGUCUAGUAAAUUGGAUUGUGUCAGACAGCUCCCACUUUCCACUUCUCCAGAAGCUUUGUCUCUAUUAUUUAUACGAACUCGAGGAAAUCCCAUCUGAAGUUGGAGAAAUAGCAACGCUGAAAUCGAUUUCAUUGUAUAGAUGCAGUGAAGCAGUUGUGGCGUCAGCGAAAAAGAUAGUAGAAGAACGUGAGGAUCUAUAUGGAGAGCAAUUACACCUUCUUGUGGAUGUAGCUUAGAAUGCAAUUUGGUAAACAAUGGAGUGCAAAAGAGUGUUGUUUGCUGAGCUCAUAUGAGCAAAAGACUGGCUUCCUCUCAUUGUGGAGCUGAGUGAGGCCAGACCCGAGGGACAGAGAAGAGGAAGAAUGGCCGGAGAUUGGUGGCGCGGUGGAGGGAGUCGACGGAGGGAGAUUCUUCCAUGGCUAUACACAAAUGUUUAUUUGUAUUUAACUUUUUGUUGUUUUAGUGAUGUUAGUGAUAUGAUUUUGAAUUUAUUUUAUAAACGAAACUUUGUUAGAGACUA